CCCAAAAGUUAGCUGAGUCUGCGGUUCUCCAUUCAAACUACCAAAACCCUCUACGCCAUUGCCAAAUCGUGGCCUUUCUUCCUCCAACACAACCUCACAUACAUGGCAUCAUUGCCACCAUUUCUAUUUCCAUCUCCAUCUCCAUCUAAACCCUAUUUCAGAAAGGACUAUUUUUCUUCUCACACAUGAAUACAGAUUCUUAUACAAAUUUUAUACAUAUAGAAUAGUAGUAUAGAUGGACGUAAGAAGAUUGAAAAUUCCCAAAACGAUUGCUAUAUUUUCACAUAUUAAACGUCCUUUGACCUGUGUGAUUUAUACUGCUUCUUCAGAUCAAAUUAGUGAGACAUUACAUCAAACACCUUCUAAGCAGCCUAACCCCAGCUCAGAAAGUAAACAGCAAAAGGUAUUUGAUUUGAAUUUGCGCAAAUGGGUUACUUCAGUUCUCUCAAACCCACAUGUAGAUUCGUUAAAGAUUAAAGAUUUGCUGACCCAUUUGACUCCACUUCAGUUUGAUGCUAUUUUCUUGGAAAUUCAUUCAUCUUUAAAACCAUUGAAUGCUUUGAAAUUUUUCCAUCUAGCGUCCGGUUCAUAUGCUUUUAGUUUCAGUGUUCGAUCUUAUUGUACUCUGCUUCGUUUGCUCGUUGCCUCGAAUCAUGAUGAUGCAGCUAGGGUACUUUUGAUAAGGUUAAUUGAUGGGAAACUACCUGCAUUGUUUGAUUGUUCCCAACAGAAGCAUUUAGAGGUUGCUGUUUCUUUAGCGGAGUUAAGUCGAGUGUCUGAUUUUGCUGUUGCUGUUAGGACAUUUGAUCUUUUGGUUCAUUUAUGUUGUACCCAAUUCAAGAAUGUUGGGUUUGAUGCUGCAUUGGAUGUAUUCAGGACAUUGGCGAGUAGGGGGUUGUAUCCUUCUUUGAAAACUUGUAACUUUUUGUUGAGUUCUCUUGUGAAAGAGAAUGAGCUUUGGAAGAGUUAUGAGGUUUUCGGAGUUUUGAAGGAUGGUGUUGAACCUGAUGUUUACUUGUUUAGCACUGCAAUCAAUGCUUUUUGUAAAGGAGGGAGAGCGGACGAGGCGAAAGAGUUGUUUCGUGAGAUGGAAAACAUGGGUGUCGUGCCAAAUGUUGUCACUUAUAAUAACCUCAUUAACGGGAUUUGCAGGAAUGGUAAUUUAGAAGAUGCCUUCUGUCUGAAGGAAAAAAUGAUAUUAAAUGGUGUAAAGCCAAGUAUUAUCACUUAUAGCAUGCUUAUUAAUUGUUUGAUGAAACUUGAGAAAUAUGAUGAAGCUGAUUGUCUAUUGAAAGAGAUGUCAAACAAGGGGCUUGUUCCAAAUGAAGUGAUGUACAAUACCAUUAUUAAUGGCCAUUGCUCUGCAGGAAAUAUCCAGAAAGCUCUAAAGGUAAGGGAUGAAAUGUUAAGAAAAGGAAUUCUCCCCAACUCGGUUACUUGCAAUUCACUGAUCAAAGGCUUCUGUAAGGUAAAUCAAGCUAGUCAAGCUGAAGAACUCUUAGAGGAGAUGUUGUUACAUGGAUUGAGCGUAAAUCCUGGUUCAUUUAGUAAUGUUAUCCUUGUACUGUGUACAAAUUCUAGGUUUGUUUCUGCACUACAGUUUACUAAGGAAAUGAUAUUAAGGAGCUUGAAACCAAAUGAUGGGUUGCUGACCACAUUAAUUGGUGGGCUUUGCAAGGAAGGGAAGCAUUCAGAAGCAGUUGAGCUUUGGCAUAUGCUGCUGAUGAAAGGGCUCACGGCCAAUACAGUGACCUCAAAUGCUCUAAUUCAUGGGCUUUGUGAAGCUGGUAACAUACAAGAGGCUGUUCGGAUGCUGAAAGUGCUGCUAGAUAGUGGUGUUCAAAUAGAUAGCAUGACAUAUAAUACUCUUAUGUGCGCGUUUUGCAAAGACGGAAACUUAGAUGGUGCCUUUAUGUUGAGAGAAGAAAUGGUAAAGCAACGAAUCGCACCUGACAUUUCAACUUACAAUGUUCUGCUACAUGGGCUUGGCGAGAAAGGUAAAAUAGAUGAAGCUCUGUUGCUAUGGGAUGAAUGUCGAAGCAAGGGACUUGUCUGCGAUUUUUAUACCUAUGGGGCCUUAAUAAAUGGUUUGUGCAAAGCUGAUAAACUUGGAAAGGGCAGAGACCUUUUCCAUGAGAUGCUCAGACAAGGCUUAGUCCCAAAUAUAAUUGUUUAUAACACCCUUAUUGGAGCUUAUUGUAGAAACGGGAAUGUGACAGAAGCCCUUAAACUUCGCGAUGACAUGAGAAGUAGGGGUAUUCUACCAAAUGUUGUCACUUAUUCCACUCUCAUACAUGGCAUGAGUAAUAUCGGGCUUAUGGAGGAUGCGAUGAACCUUACUGAUGCAAUGCGUACGGAGGGAGUUCCACCUGAUGUUGUUUGUUAUACUGCAUUGAUUGGAGGUUAUUGUAAAUUGGGUCAGAUGGAUAAAGUGAGGAGCAUUUUGCAGGAAAUGUCAUCACACAAUAUACAACCUAAUAAGAUAACUUAUACAAUCAUUAUUGAUGGGUAUUGCCAAGCUGGUAAAGUUAAAGUAGCUAAGGAGUUUUUUGCCGAGAUGUUACAGAAGGGAAUCACUCCUGAUUCUGUCACCUAUAACGUUUUGACAAAGGGGUUUCUGAAGGAAGGGGAAGUAGAAGAAGCCUUUUCACUUUUAGAUCGUAUUUCCCUUACAGGAGUUGGUUUAGAUGAAGUUGCAUAUACUUCCUUAGUUAAUUUGCUUCCCCGGAGAUCAGCAAGCGCUAACCAAGAAUGAAAUGAACUGACACAAGGUUCGGACACUCAUCUGGUCAGAAUAGUCCCAACCUCACGUUUCUAAAGACAUAACGGAGUCAUGGCAAUGGCACACUUCUGCACACUGGGAACUGACUCAUCAUCGUGGGUCCAGAUUUCUUCCAUGUGCUUUGAGUUAGUUUCUAAUGCUGUGAAGAUAAAGGAUCCUGGCAGCUGGUGGAUGGUUCUACGUGUCAUCUUCACAUCUUUGUUGACUGGCAUUGGACGAAAGUUUAGAAAAAAUGGCAGCCCGGUCACUAAGCUCUUGCUAUGCGCGGGAUCCGGGGAAGGGCUGGACCACAUUGGAUGAAAGAUAAUGAGUUUUAUUCCUUCUAGAGUAUAGCAGAUAAGUCGAAGAUUGCCCUGGCCCCUGAGCACUUUGCUUUUUGUUGCUGUAACCAACUCCAUGCCCUUGUAUGAUGGAGCAGACUGUGCCUAGAACUGCACUCGAAAAGCCAAGACCUACUUCAGCUACGGGGAAUCUUCAUGCAGAUAUGAUAAAAAUGGCAGGGCCACCUUACCCUAGGACCAUCUCGGAGAGCAUCGAAUGUCACUACGUAUCCAUUCAAUUAAAUUAAUUCUGCUGCAUUUGUCACCUAAGAGAUUGUGCCGUGUAUGUUCUGCGCUUCAUCUGCUAUAGAUGUCUUGCUUCAUCAACACUUGCUUCUCCCACAGCUAAUAGCUCUUGUGGUCCUCCCAAAUUACAUUAAGGAUAGUCUUCUUGAUAUAAGCUCAGAAACGUCUCUGUUUUUGUUGAUACCAUGUGAGGACGUUGCUUUUGUAGGCUCUCAAUGCGUGAUGCAUCAAUAUAUAGCAGUCGAGCAAUAUAUUUGGGAUUGGCAUGUUAGCGGAGCACGAAACAGUUCCAUUGAUGAUCUUGCAAGUAAGAGAGGCUUUUCAAUUGUAUCAUACCGCAUUAACAAAAACUUACUGAAGGAACUGGCAUCACCCAAGGCAAAAUGUUUAACGUUGCGGAUACAACCCCGCAUGCAUAAGUGCGAGUUUGAUUAAAUUGGUAAGUCUUAAUGGUUGGAUUUCUUCCAGAGAGGACUGCUCUUUUUGCUACCACAACCAGGGCAUCAGCAUUGCCGUCUAUGAUUUGAGGCUGUAUUGCUUGUGGAUUUCUCAUAUUCGAUCAUCAAACAGAUUAACUGUGAGAGACAUUUGCAAGGAAACACUUCCGAGUCCUCAGUGGUUGAUUAGAUGUGGUUGUGGUUCCAUAAGUGGUACAUGUAAAAAUUAUGUAACCUAGAGCUCAUAGAAAGGAGGCGAGGUGGCAUCUACCACAGAGCUUAUGAUAGGACUCACUCACCAUUUUCUGUAUUUUCGAUUACCAUCUCAAUGACUACCAAUUGUUCUUAGUUUAGCAACUGACCUUUGGCUGCACCAGUGAUAUAUACUGGUCUAAAGUCAUCACAUUUUUAUAUUCAGUUUGUAUUGAGAAAAAUGUAAUAAGAGAAACAUGCUGUGACAAUGA